AUUAAAAAAAAACUCGGGAUUCCGUCGAAUAAAUACACCUCUCCUUCCAUCCCUCCGUUUUGUAUCGCUUUUUGGCGGUUUUAGCCUUUUUCGGUUUCGAACAUUCGGACGAAUUUCUCUCUCUCUCUCUUCAAUUCAACACUUGGAGGACAUGAGAUGGAUCGGGAAGAAUAUUUGGGGAAGUGUUCCAAUAUGAAAUGCCAAAGAGUGGAUGAAUCAUAUGUACAUGCUCUUCAAGAUGAAGUAAUGGAAGUUGAGCAUUUGCUUGCAGAACCUAGAAAUGAUCAUGCUUCCCUGGAUGGUAGUUUGGAUUCUCAUACAACUUUGAAUGGAAAGGAUGAUUUGGAACUGGAGGCCCUUGAUGGAUUGCUGGAUGAUGUUGAAAUCAAUGAUCUUGAAGGAACUGUUGGUUUCCCUGGUGGUACAUGUGAAGAAUAUUUUUUGGAUUUUGGAUUUGCUGACAAAUUUGAGGAGGUACUAGGCUCUGGUCCUUUUGUAGGUUCACUCUUGCAAAACUCAAGUUCUGAAAGUCAUUCUUCCGGAUUAAGCGGAAGUAGCAUUGUUGAUGGGGUAUUAGAAUCAACAGAAGUACCUAUUGCACAAUCUGAAUGCAAAAAUGAUUCUCUAGAUGAGACAAUAACCUAUGAAUCACAUGGUGCCUUCAGGAACAAUCCAAGUCAACCAUCAAAAGUAAAUUGCAGAUACAACAUUUCACUUGAUAUACAACAUCUGCAAGAUUUGGAUAACAACCGUCAUUUAGCUGGUGGUAUAUUGACUUGUAAGAAGGAAAAGGGUCCUGUUGAAAAAGGCCAACCUGCUGCACUUAGAGAGAAGAGAUUCCGAAAGCCUACUCAGAGGUACAUUGAAGAAUUUUCAAAUUCAAGGUCAAAGGAAAAGGCACCAACUGCUGGUACAAAAACUAAAUAUUUAAGUGACUCAUCAUGUGAUGAUGUACUUCAUAUAAGAAUUAAAGCAUUCAAAAAGAGUCCAAGUGAAAAGUCUAGUAUUGAAAAUAGAGAUGUGAUGCUUCCUGAGUUGCAAGUUCACAAAGGGCGUCCGAAGAAAGAGAAACUUGAGUAUGACAUCGAGUCAUUUCCCUUGGAAUCUGAGGAUGAAUGGUUGACAUCAAAAAGAUCUAGAAGGAAAGAUCGAAGAAAGCAUCAGAAGAUGUGGACUCUCCCUGAAGUGUUGAAGUUGGUUGAAGGCAUAUCUGAAUAUGGAGUUGGUCGAUGGACUGACAUAAAGAGGUUUCUGUUUUCUUCUACAAGCUACCGAACUCCCAUAGAUCUCAGGGACAAGUGGCGAAACCUUUUGAGAGCCAGUUCUGCACAGAAAAGCACGAGAGAGGCUGAACAAAAUGACGAGCUUGCCCUGCGUCCCUUGCCAUUUAAUGUGGUACAUCGUGUGCAAGAAUUGGCUAAAAUUCACCCAUACCCUAGGGAACGUGGAUCAAAGAAGUUGCGUGUUAGCCAAGCUGGCUCUUCUGUCAUUGCUAAAGAUUCUCCUCCCCUUAGUCUUAGCAAAAGAAAUGUACGUAGGAAGUUUACUUAGAAGUCCAUAUGGAAAACAGUCCAUGGAAAUCUAUAGUCAAAAGAAUCUUGUUGAAAUUUAGGUAAUCACAUUUGCACAAUUUUAUACUGUGAAUUAAUUUUAUGUUUACAAAGGCACAGAAAUUUUGAAUUGUAAUUAUGAGGAAUCAUUAGUUGUCCUACAAUAGUUUGCCAUGCUUAAUGCCUAAUACUUUUAUAGUAUGAUUUUAUUAGUGCACUAA